UUGACAGGUAAAAAGUGUGUUGAAUCUCUGAUCAUACCCAUGAUUACAGCCGGGUGCGGUCAGGUUUGGAAAGAGCAUGUCAUCAGUGGAGGCACUGCACAAAGGUGUUGUUUGUCAAAAAAAAGUCCAGUGUGUAACCACUCUGACAAAACCACAAACUGUUAUUUUUACAUCUCUGUGUAUGUAAGGGGUCACAAAGACCAGACAGUAGCUUUAGAAGUGAUGGUAUAUUUAACACUGGACAGAGACAGGAUAGCAAAACUCCCCCUCACAUAUUCUUUUCACAAUAACGUGAAUAGUUUGGCUACAGCCCCUUUAAAAAAAGCAUUUUUUCCUGAUAAGAAAUUAUCAAGUUGCCCACCCCAGUUAGCUGCCCUUGAAUUGCCCCUCUCAAAACAUCCUUGAAUCAACCCUGACUUCAUCUGAAAAAAAAAAAAAACUGCAGGUUAGGAGGAGGUGUCUUGUCCUCCGCCGUGUCUCUGCCGCACCUGCGCCCUGCCUCCCUGCGCUUCACCGGCCUGUUUCCUUAUCGUCAUCGCUGAUGCCUCCCUGCGGUGUCACUCUCCUUUAACGCCGACCGACGGCUGCUCUUUACCGGCCGCUAAAACUACACCAAAGUGCUGAACUUUCCGAGAGGACUUUUCCUUCUAAAAUGUGGACCACCGAGCGAUAAAUCAAAUAGUGAAGCGCCACUUCUGCCGCGGGGAAAUGCAGGACGACAGCGGCAAAGCAGCACCCGGGAGCCCCGCUGUAGCCAGUACAAACACAUCGCAGAGUUCAGGACAUUUGAACGGACAUACCGUUUCUCAAAAUGGCUACAACCCGACAGCUACACCUGUGCUGCAGUCACAGAUUGAAUCCAGACCUCCAAGUCCUGCACCCACUCCAACCCCAGCUGUCCCGAGGGAGCAGUGGGGAGGGAAGUAUGAGUUCCUGCUCUCCUGUAUUGGAUACUGUGUGGGACUGGGGAACGUGUGGCGGUUCCCCUAUCUUUGUUACCGCAAUGGAGGAGGUGUGUUUCUCAUCCCCUACUUCAUCAUGCUCUUUGUUACGGGUGUUCCACUGUUUCUCAUGGAGCUGAGUUUAGGCCAGUAUGGAGCGGCUGGCCCCAUCACUGUGUGGAAAUGCUGCCCUCUACUCAAAGGUAUUGGCAUUGGGAUGCUCUGUGUGUCCACGCUGGUGUGUCUCUACUAUAACGUCAUCAUAGCGUGGACGUUUUACUACCUGGGCAGCUCCUUCCAGAGCCCUCUGCCCUGGUCCUGUGAUGCUAUAGCUAAUGCAGGUAUCUGUAACAGCACUGGGAAUAGCUCCACUGGUAAAACCCUCAGCCCCACAGAAAUCUUCUGGAAUGAGCGAGUGCUGGGGGUAGUAAACAGUGAGGGCCUUCAUGACCCGGGCCGUGUCCGGUGGCCCCUGGCCCUGUGCCUCCUGGCCUCCUGGAUCAUCAUAUUCCUGUGUAUGCUCAAGGGCAUCCGCAGCUCUGGCAAGGUGGUUUAUGUCACAGCCACCUUCCCAUAUUUUGUGCUCAUCGUUCUGAUCAUCAGAGGUGCUACACUGGAGGGCUCUCUUCAAGGUGUUGCUUUCUACCUCACACCAGACUGGAACCGAUUAGCUAAUGCACAGGUGUGGAAUGACGCAGCCUCACAGAUCUUCUACUCCUUAGGCAUUGGAGUUGGAGGGCUGCUUUCUAUGGCCUCUUACAAUAAGUUUGACAACAACGUGAUCAGGGACACUCUGAUUAUCACAACAGGAAACUGCAGCACCAGCUUCUUUUCAGGAUUUGCUAUAUUCUCAAUCCUGGGUCACAUGGCAUGGAGGAAGGGAGUGCCUGUUGGAGAGGUGGCAGAUACAGGUCCUGGUUUGGCCUUUGUUGCUUACCCAGAAGCCCUUGCUCUACUGCCAGGCUCAGUGUUCUGGUCCAUCCUGUUCUUCCUCAUGCUCUUUAUGCUGGGGAUUGAUACACUGUUUGGAAACAUGGAGGGCAUCACCACUGCUGUGCUGGACGAGUUUCCACAGCUCAGACAAAACACGCUGCACAAGUCCUUGUUCCUGGGCACGCUGUGUUUUUGCUUCUACCUUUUGGGUCUCUUGUUAGUGAGUGAUGGAGGGAUUUACUGGUUCACUCUCAUUGACUCCUUCAGCACUAGUUUCGGCCUCAUCAUCAUCACCCUCUUCAUGUGCAUUGGCAUCUCCUUCUUCUAUGGGGUCAACCAGUUUUGUCAAGACAUUAUUGAUAUGAUCCGCCACUCCCCCUGGUGCAGCAAAGUUCUGCUCUACUUCAAAGCGUGCUGGGUUUUCUUCACUCCGUUUCUUCUGCUGUUCAUCCUGACGUACAUCUUCAUCGAGAUGUACAACACAUCGCUCCACUACGGGUCCUAUGUGUACCCACGGUGGGGUAAAGCGCUGGGCGUGUGCAUGGGUGCGACCUGCUGUCUGCAGAUUCUCAUCUGGGCCAUUGUGGCCAUCUGCAAGGAAACUGGAACACUGAAAGACCGCUUUCAGAAAGCGAUUCGACCUCUGAAUUCCUGGAGAGUGAACAAUUUGAACAGCACGGGGAGAGUACAGGAGCGCGUGGAGCCGGAGAGAGUGGAGGCUCCGUUCACUGUCACGCUCACAGACAUGGACUUCACUGCAAUGACGUGGGAGGCGGGAAGCCAGGCGUGACAGCAUGGAGAGCAGUGAUGAACGCACAGUGAUAUGUUGUCAAGAGAAAGAGGAAUUUAUCAUUAUGUUAUUUGCCCCAGCUAGGCUCUGGUGGCCGUGUCUGUGUGUCCUGCAGGGCAGUGUGGAUGAAUUGCUUUAUUUAUACUAUUAUGUAUGAUUGAAUAGUGUUUUUUAACUUUUUUUUACAUUAUGUAGAAUAUAAGGAAAGUUUGGAUUAUCCUCGUCUUACUUUUGGAUGAGCGUAAUUCUGAUGAUAUUUACUGUCAUAGUAGUGCAGAACAAUGAAUUUUCCUCUUCCAGCGGUCAACAGCGGCUGGGGCACUACAUUUUGUUUAUGUCUUGACUCUUAACUGUUACGCACCACACCACUGACCUGGAGAGGUGACCACGAUUCAUCAGCCCACCAGUGUACAAGGUGCUGAUGACACAGCCUCACAGAGUCAGGAAUACUUUUAAUUCAUUUUACUUUUUAACAUGAAUGUUUGCGGGAAAAAAAUAAUUAUUGCGAGAAUAAAUAAAUACAUUUAAAAAUA